GGGGAACAGUCAGACUGGUGAUGGCCUGCACGCUCCAAGGUCGACCUAGUCGAUGGGGCGAUAGUGUGUGUUUCAAUAUUGUGUAUACAAACACCCUUGUGUGUUAAUAUUGCUGUUUGUGCCAGCGCCAGCCUUCUCUACUACUGUGAAUACCACGCACGAUACUCUGUGACUCUUCCACCUCUCUUCUUCCACCUUAAUAUCCUCUCCCUUCACUUGAAGAAAAGGGAACUGAAUCGAUAUCUCCUCCCUAUAUCUCUUCUCUCCCCGUCCUCUUCCUCAACCACACUACCAUCACCGAUCUCAGCAGAGUGAGUCUAAAUCCUACCUCAACUUGACAACCGUCACCUCGAACCAGAAAGAUGGACCUCAACGUCCCAGCCCAGCUCUCUCACAGCCUCCCUCCCUUCUCCCCCAUCCUCCCCAGCAUCGAGCAGGACGAACAACCCACCACCACCGAGCCAUUCCCCGACUACUUCGCCUCCUGCGAACAAGCCGACUCGCGAGCCGACACGGCCCAGGAGGAAGCCUACAAGUACGCGCUGUCGAAAGUGGUGGAGGCCGGCGCGCAGGCCAAGAGACUCGACGCGAUGCUCAUGUCCACGAUGCUGUUCACCCCGGAAUGGACAUUGCCUGACCCGACCACAGCCUUCAGCAACACACCUCCAACAAGCACCAGCAGCAGCAGCAGCAACAACACCAGCAACUCCAACAGCAGCAACAACAGACUCACCCCACCCACCACGCCCACCAACCCAUCACUCACCGAAACCACCCCCAAGCUAGCAAGCUACCCAGCCUGGGCCCUGCACCCGGACCUCGAAGCCACCACGGAGAACAAGAAAAACAUCCUCGAAGAGAUGCGCAUCCUAACCAACAGCCCGAGCCUCAGCCUCGCGCUGCGCACCCGCUUCAUCACGAUCUGCAACACCAUCCUGAGCGUGCACACGCUGCUCUUCCGGCGCGUGCCCAUCCCCGGCCGCCACCACCCGCUGGACUCAUUGACGCAGCCCCAGCUCCACCGCGCGCACCACCUCGCCAACACGCUGGUCACCGACCUCGCCGCCCUGCACCACCUGUUGUAUGGCCAGUACGAGCACUGCCGCAGCGCGCAGCAGACGAUCGCGCAUAUCGCCGCCGACACGGCCAACAAGAACCCGUUCACGCGCUUCAAGGAGAUGGCGAGUAUUCUGAUCAAGUACCCUAAAGCUAACAAGAAAAGCACCCUCCCCACCCCCCACCCAACCGAACAACGCCUCCUCCUCAUCACCCUCGACCUGUACGACGCCUACCUCUACACAGACUACCACCGCCUCCGCCAGUGGCCGCAGAUGCUGGCCGAGGGCCGCGACCCGCUGCGCCUGCGCCUGACCAACGCCUUCUUCCGGGCCUGGGAUCUGCUGACCCGCGCCCUCGAGUGCUACCAGGCCGUCGCGGCGAUCCACGCCCGCAUCACCGCCCACUACCUGCGGCCCGCCGGCGCGCUGCUCGGCCGCGAGGUCGGGGCCCGCGUGUUCUUCGAUCUCAGGGUGCGGGCCGCCGUGGCGCGGUGUCGCGAGCGCAUGGUGCGGAAUGAUCGGGUUUAUCAGCAGGAUUUGUGGGAGGUGUAUCGGCGGGAGGUGGCGGAAGAGGGUGGGAAGGUCUCCACGGAGAGUGGGUGGGAACAGGAAAGGGAUGAUUGUUUGGAUCGCGGGGGUGGGUGUGUUUUGCAGGAUUUGUUUCGGUGGGAUGAGGGGGGUGGGGGGGAGGGCGGUUAUUAUGGGGGUGAGGGGGAGGUGGGUUAUUAUCUGGAUGGUGGGGAGGAGGGUAGGGAGGAGGGUAGGGGAUGGGGAUGGGGAGGGGAGGUUUAG